AUGAAGCUGCUUGUUUGUUGCCUCCUAGCCAUCACCUGUUGUGUUUUGGCGAAUGUAGACAAGGUCGAGAGAAUAAUGAAGCUGACUGAAGUACUAAAGGAGUUAAGACAUCUGAACAAAAGUGUGGAGCACAACGGCGUGAAGUUGAACACUCCUACCCUGGAUAUAGAGGAGUGCUGUUUCCUAUCUGCCUUGGAGUGCUUCCAGAAGAUGGUACCUCGUCUCAACGCCAAACUAAAGAAAUUGCAGCGUAAAGUUAUCAAAAACCUCAGCCCACUGACUUUUAGAGGUGUGGACUCCUGCAGUCAGGAGGAGAGAGAGAACAAAGUCUGCCAAGGAUGUGAUUCCUACCCAAUGAAGGACAGCAGGGAAUUUGUACAACAGUUGGAAUCUCUUCUUCAAAAGGCUAUGAAUAGACUGGUGUGA